CUUUCCUGCGUCCUUUGUCUCUUAAACAUGAAUAAAAAAGUAGAUGUCUAAGUUUCUUUUCUUUAAAAACAUUUUUAAUAGCAACUUUUUUGGACUUAAAAAAAACCCAUUGUAGACUGGACAAACCAUGUCGGAAAGUAUCGUCAGGAAAAUUCAACCUUUCACUAUCGGGACAAAACUUUCAGUGCCGGCAGUACCAAAAGGCACAGAAUUUCCUGACGCUUUUUUGCCAAGCUCUUCUUUGGAUAACUGUAAAAUGCAGCACAACUUGAACGAUCAGGUCUCCCUGUACCUGGGCCACUCUCCGAUCCAUCCAGACGAUUCACACUUUUCACCUGUGGCCGCUAGGGUGCUUCAAGCUGAGAGGUGUCAGGAUGAGAAAUCUGAGGAAGACCACCUUAACAGAAACGCUGUCUCCCCAACAGCAUCCUCCCGCUCCAUCAAAAAGAUCACCAUCUCCAGUGGGAAGGAGAAAACAGGGGACAAGGUGGACUCAGUGGCACACUGCCCAAAUGUAAUGGCAGCCAAAUCCGAGAACUCAAACAACAAUAACAAUGCAGCCAUGGUUCUGCCCAGGAUUGUCGGAGUGAGCUGUGAGAAUAACCCAAACUCCCAGUUUAAGGUUUUACUCAGGAAAGAGGACGAAGAAGAACAUAAAAACACACGUAGCAGCCAUGGGGCAGCAGGAUUUUUAAGGCCGACAGUGCCCAAAGACUUCCCCAGUCAUCUGACUACUGAAUCGAGUAACCCAUUUUUCAGAAGGGAUGUACCAAAAAAGGAGAGCACAGUCCCUGGAAAUGUGGAGAAGCACAAACAGCAGAGUGACUACAGCCUAACACAGCGCAUAACACAGUUUAACAGAGAAAUACUGCAGGCUGAGACAUGGAUUAAAGGAAAGCUGCAGGAUUUGAAAGAUGGAUGUAGCAUUCAGCGGUGCCCCCUGCAGGACUGGGAACAGGUAUCACAAACCUUACAAAGAGACCUCAAAGACUUUGAGAACACCAUGAUACAGCUCAGCCAGAUGGGAGAGCAACUUAUGUUCAAACAGAACCCCACUUCUGACACAGUGAGGAAACAACUAUGUCAACUCAAGGACCAAUGGCAAACGUUAAAACAAACUGUGGCCAAUCAGUCGAAAGCACUGGGCGGAGCCAGGAAUCUUCAAGAAUUCAACAGAAAAGUUGAUAAGCUGGAAGCCUGGCUAAAAGAAAGGGUAUCUGAAGAAGAAAAGCAGUCGCUUGUGGUGCUUCUGGAGGAGAAUAUUGACAAACUUCAGCUUACGAGAAAAAUACUGGAUUUGAAACAGGAUGAACAGCAGUACUGGACCCUCCAUGCUGAGAUUAACAGCCUGGCUCUCAGAUUGGAGAAGCAGGGAAAGAACGAAGGGAAGAAUAUCUCAGCAAGAAGAAAGCACAUCAAUAAAAUGUGGCUAAAAACCCAGACCCUCAUCAAAGAAUAUCAUGAAAACCUUCAGCUGGCUUUAGAGGCGUCUUCCUUUUGCCAACAGGCAGACAACAUCAUCAUAGCUACUAAUAACAAGAGGAAGAGCAUCUGUGGUGCAAAUGGACAAGAAAACAGCGGGGACAGAGAGAUGAGAGACAUUGCUAGUCAGAUUAUGAUGUUGGAUGUGACUGUUUCUCAGCUGUCAAACCUCCACCCGACCCUGGCAGAAAGAGUUACUCAGAAGCAGAGAGAGGUGAAGAACAGCUGGGCUCUCCUCCAGCAGACUGUCAGGAAUGAGAAGUCAGGUCUCCCGUUGCCAUGUUCAGAUUUCAUGAGGGAAGUUGGCGACCCCUUGACCUCUAUCCGGGAGCCACAGUGCAGCGUAGGAAAAGAUUUGCAGAGGAUCAUGGGAAAAGAGGUUCAAGAAGAACAGAACCUGCUUAAAGCAUGUGUGAGUGCGAGAGAGCCUGGGAGUAAUAGGAAGUUAGCUAAAAGCCAAGACGAGGAACAGGGGUCAAAGAGCAGCCCCCUUAUAGGAACAGGAAGCAGCCCCAGGGAGACAGAUGAUGUCAUUGGCUGGCGCCAGACAGAUGGGGAAAGCAGAAGGAAAAAACCUGAAGCAAAAGCCAGUUUGCAGCAUAGAUACCCGCAACUGCAGGUCCAGUUGCAGAAGUUCACUGUUUCAGCAGACAAGACCCUACUGUGGCUAAAGGACAAUGUUGCCAUGGCCACUCAGAUCUGCUGUGCAGAGAACUACCAGAGCUUUGAGGCAGCAAAGAGGUGCCAGGCAGCCCUGGAAGAUGAAAUCUUAUCAAACCGGACCAGGAUUGAAGUGGUCAAGAAGGAGGGAAGGAGUCUGGUUCGAGCCCAACAUCCAGGAAGUACUAAGAUUGAAGAGUUUCUGAGACAGCUGGAAGUCCUGUGGGAGGAACUCAAGACGAGGCACCAGAAGAACGAUGCUGUUCUCCGGGAAUUAGAGAAGACGAACUUACAGGCUAUGAAAGUUCUGAAGGACUUGAAUGACAUGGAGGAAUGGCUGAAAACAGUGGAGUCGUCCAUCUCGCUGUGCGCGCUGAGCGGAGACCCCGAGUCGAUGAACGCAGCCGAGAGGGAGAGCAGUCUGUUAGAAAACGAAGUCGCUUCCCGGGGGCUGGAGCUCCGAGCACUGCGUCAGGAAGUGGAGAAGCUGAGGAGCAGGCGGCACUUCCACACGGAUGAACUUCCAUCCAAAAUGGAGGAGGUGGAGGACAAGUACCACUGUGUGCAGAACAUGCUGAAGCAGCAGACCUCCGAACUGCAGGACACACGCAUGCUGACAGAGUUCCUAGAGAAGGUGGAGAUGGAAGAGAACCAGGUCAAAAAGAGGCCCCUUCACAGUGAGCUGGGCUGUCAUGGGUCUUCCCUGUUGGUCCUGGCUGACGCAGGGCAGCAGCUGAUCGACAGCGGGCGCUUCGACUCGGAUGACAUCGCUGACCCCCUGGAAGAGCUCCGGGAGGCUGUGGAGAUGCUGAAUGACACCGUGCGGGAGCGGGGCAGGUCUCUGACCGAAGACCAUGAAUUGGAAGAGCAGCUCAGGCGGCAUUCAAACAUCACAGCUAGGAUUAGCCAGAUGCUGUCCAAGAGUGUGGAGCUAAGCAUUGAGAUCCACGAGAUGGAGACCGACAUGGCAGUGAAGUGUGAACCUGACAUGUGCAGACUGGAAAACUUAAACAACCAACAGGAAGACAUGGAGAUUGACUUUGAAGUCAUCAGAGAGGAGGUGGAUGAGAUGGAAAAGCAGGCUGCUCGCUUACAGGUUCUAUGUCCAGAGAGAGCGCAGAUCCUUGGGGAGGAGGUGCAAGCAACACUGCAAACCUGGGAAGAGAUGGGCAAGUGCAUUGCAGAGAACAGCGCCAGGCUUUCCCAGGCCCUGCAGCUGCAGGAUUUCUUCAGAAAUUACCUGGCGAUGAUCUCAUGGACGGAGGACACGCGCACCUGUAUCUUCUCUGAGAGUCCAGUGAACCCUGGGAAAGGUGGAAGGCUUCCAGAGACAGAAGAGCUAGAUACAAAGAUCGAGCAGAAGUUUCAGGAGUUUGAAGAACUGGCAACAGCUGGACAGAAGCUAAUAGAUGAAGAACAUCAUUUAACAGAAAUGAUCAAGGAGAGAACAGAGGAGCUGAGGAGCAUGCUGGGAUGGAUCCUAGUUCGCUGGAGGGCACAGAAGCACCAGCGGAGUCGCGGGAAGACAAAAGCAGAGCCAAAGGGAGAUGUGAUCUACUCGGAGGCUACAGUGUGCACGCCUCAGUCAGUUCAGGGUUUCUCCCCCUAUCUGGAAGAACAGUAUGUUUUUCAAGAGCGAUCUACCGGCUGCCAAGUCAAGUCCUACACAGAUAGACUACACUCCCAAAAGCCACUCCACAGUUCUCAGUCUGAGGGGGGCUAUGAAGAAAUGGCCCCGAUUCGCCCCAAGGGCAGUGAACUGAACUCACCAGGGGGUUCUCUGGAGGGGUUGCUGAUUCUGGAGUCCCUGGAGUCCCCCGAGUCACCGCUGAUGGUGCUCAAAGAGCCAACCUCCCCCUCACUCGGGGGCACAGUGAACCUCAUCCUCAGCUUUUCAAAAAAGGGGGACAGCCAGCUGCAGCUCCAGGAUGCCGUGGAUGAGUCAGAGACCCAAGAGCCUGUUCACAGGCCCUCUGAGUCUUUAUCCUCUGGCUGUAAAAACUUUUGGAGGCGCUGCCAGGGCCUUUUGGAAAAUACUUUUGGUAGUUUAAAGAGAAAGAAAAAGAUUUCUCUGCAAAAUGCUGACGAGGUAAGUACCUAUUUGCAUGUUAAGGACAACAAAAAAGCACCUGUUUUUGAGAAUGUCACCCUGCCCCGGCUCAAUAGUAAGAGACUGCCCAAAGUCCCUCCUCUGUCAGUCAGCAGUAUGUCCUUCCACACCUUGCCAAAAACCAGCUCUAGCUCCGUCUUCAACAGCCUGAAGAAGAGGGGCAAGAAGAAGAAGCGAGACAUCCGAAGACACUCCAUUCAGAAGAUCAUGGGUGUUGACCUUUCCAAAGGUGGGGCUGACAGGGCUGGUGAGGUCACAUCCAGCACAAACACGUGGCCUCUGAAGGAGAGAAUAAAGGAUCUCAUGAUUCCAAGUCCUGCCAGUGGAGAGCUUCUGGACUAUGUCAAAAACCCAUUGGCUAAAGACAUUGAUGCAGAGAGUACUGUCGCCCGGUCCAUGUCAGGCUUCAGUCAGCCAGGUGGAAGUGAACGCUCUGCUAAAGAAGGAAGCACGGCAGCUGUUAGUAACAAUUGCAAACACCUUUGUCUGGGCUCUGUCUUAAGUUUUGAGCUACCCAAAGACAUGAACCUAAUUGGUAACAUCCCAGAUCUUAUCAAAAUCCAGCCUCUUGACACAAAGACAACUGACAGCCUCACUAUCAAUUCACUCUCUUCCUUUCGUAACUCAGCUAAAUGGAAUACAGAGGUAGUAAAGGCUCCGGUAGAGACCAAAGGCUGUUCGGCCUUAAGCACUACCAGGCAGGCUUCUAUAAAACCAAGAGUCUAUGAAGAGACUUCAAAUCAGAUUCCUACAGGGGCACAGGGCCAGAAGAACGGGGGUCAUUGGUUCAAGCUGCGUAACACAGAAAAAGAUUCAAACCUGUGCCAGUCUGGUCUACCAGCCACAGAGAAUCCUCAGAACGAAGGUCAGGACAGUCCCAGAGAUGACAGAUUUGACUUAAAGUUAAAGCGUCUCUCCGGAAUCAAUAUUCUUCAGGAGGAGGUUGGCGAGUGGGACAAGCUGGCUGACACUUUGGAUUCUACUUGUACACUUAGCAACCAAAUAGAUGCUGUUGAUGAAGAAAAGCAACACAGUAGGACAGCAGCCAAUGGAUACUCCCAAUCCAGUUCGGAGUUGUGUCAGACGGGAAGGAGCACACCUUGUGAUCUAAGGAACAAUGAACACAAACCAGAUAAAAAUAAAGGAAGAUUUAAUGAAGUCUAUGGUUUUAAAAGUCCCCAAGCAACCUCUAGCAAGAUAUUGAGUGAAUCAGUUCUUUGUAACAAUGUAAACAUUAAGACCUGCUCGGGGGAACAGACUGAAUCUGUUGCAUUAAGAGUCGACAGAAGCACGUUUAAACGAGAGAAGGAAACCAAGACCAACAAAAGUGACAGAACCAGCAGUGAGCUUGGAGUAGCAGCAGUGGAGGUCAUCCACCCAGACCACCAGCAGUUUGAGGAAGAAGAAGAGGAACUAGAAGAUAUCUGGAACAAAAGCGUUGGUUACAGACAGAGUGUCUGCUCCGACAUCAUGUAUCAAACCUACAAUCAGGAACCGGACAGCACCUUCCCUGCACAGCAAGAGACAACGGUCACUCAGUAUCAAGACGUCAAGUACAGAAAUCUGGUCACUGCCUCUGCCCCCAACUUACUGGUCGCUGAAUUUAGGCUGCCUACCUCUAUACAGAACCUCUUGGGCUAUUGUAAAGAGCCAGAUGCCAGAGAGAAGAACCCAACCAGUGACCACAGGAGGUCCUGGGCUGCUUUUCCUCAUAAAGAACAGGCUAGCCGGCAGAUAGCUCUGAUUAACGAGACAGCCUCUGAUCAGGUGGAGCUACCUAACGUAGUGGAUCAUCAAAAGUAUAUCUACAAGUAUAGAGAGGAGGAGGAGGAGGAGGACACAGGUAGUGCGAAGGAGCAGUCGGUGAGCCUCCUGUCAGUUCACAUGGGCGUGGAGGGUAAUGGAAAGCAGCGAGUGGAUUUUGAGGACAGGGACUGUGACAAUGCUGAGCAGAGACACACAAUCAACACAAGGGGGCACUGUAGCAUCACGAAUGGAAACAAGGCUGAGUUUCAGUCCAUGGAGGGAACGCUGGAGAGGAAGCACAAGCUGCAGCUAGGAGGGAAAAAGGCGUCAUGUAGAACCUGGAACACUUACUAUGCUGUGUUGUUCAAACAAAGCCUGUGCUUUUACCAGGACAGAAAAGACACACUCAAGAGUUCUGUAGCGGGCAUUCCUCUCAGCCUCACUGGAGCUGUUUGCAGUCCUGCAUCAGAUUACACCAAAAAAAUGCACUGUUUCAGACUCGAGCUGCGGGGCGGCUCUGAAUAUCUGUUGAGCGCUCCUUCAGGAUUCCUAAUGAAGAAAUGGAUUUUAAAAAUCCAAGCAAAUACAGAGCUCAGUGAUCUGGACCCUGCCAGGUCAAUAACAAGAGGCCCCACGCCAGUCACACUAUGUUCCCAAUUUGCUGUUCCUUGCACCUGCAGCACUGCAUGUAACUGUUCUCAAGGGGGCGCCACCACUUCCCUUUCCUCAGGGACUAAAGAAAUAACAGUCCUGACCAGAGAAAACACAAAAUUGCCAAAUUACCGUGGGCAUUCAGAGGACCUGGCAGCACCUCUUUCUUCAGACGCUGGUCAUCGUGGCCCCUCUCCCCUUGCAGAAGAUUACUACGGCUCGCUACGACAGUCCGUGAGGAAGAAGCUGUCUCAGACGUACAGGGACGCCUCUGAGCUGUCACAGGAUUCCUUUCACACAGACCGAGACCAGGAGCCAGCGGUGAGCAAGCGGCGCUCCCACUCCUUUACCUCAGCUGCAUACCAGAAAAUAACUCCCAUCUCCACGCCCUUCGGUGGUUCUGAAGGACCCAGUUACUCCGUCACCCUGUUCAUUGGAGACCAGUUAGCCGAUGGUCAGCGGGGGCCAAGCCAGUCCCUUUUGAACAGUCCGGAGUCUACGCUGCACAGAGAGCCACGGCUCAUUGGCUGGCGCCCUGAGAUUCUCCUGGACAAACCUGGAGAAGAGACCUAUGGGAGUCUCCCGAGACCAAGAAACAAAACUGUCUUCCAAAAGUUCUUUGGAAAGAAGGAAUAAAUUGAAGAGAUUUUCAUUCUCACUUCUGACAGGAUGUGGAAAAAAAUGUAAAGUCACUGACCUUUUUUUUCUUAUGUUUUUUAACCAGUAGGUGGUGUGCAGAGCACAUUCAUGUUUUUAAAAAAAAAUCUAUUUAAAAGUCUAUGUAAUGAGUAAAUUCAUUAGCUGUUAACUACUAAUCAUGGCAUUUACACAAGGUCAACAUUCAAUAACAGUAACGGCACCUCCAAAGAUAUUAAAUUAUUCCUACAUUAAACAUGGACGUAUUUCAGGGCUAAGGCCCCACUUUAUCACUGUCUCUGUUGCAGCAUGAUCUGGAUGUUAUGAAGACUGUCUGGGGGGCCCAAAAUCAUUCAAGAAGAAUGGGUUGAGUUGUGCAUCUUCAAU